CUGGAGGGGGAAGUUCCCAAGUUUGUUUCUCUCUCCAGUCAGCUGCCAUCACGCUCUGGUUUAGAGAGCAGCGGGCCUUCGCAGUUGAGAGCUUCUUUUCUAACGGUCGCUCACUUGUUACUACGCAACGUGCCUUCCGCGCUCGCUUUGAAAUUCCUCCUCACAGACUCGUUCCUGGCCGUAAUUCGACUCUGUCGUGGUUUAACUCAUUUCGGGAGUGAGGAAGUGUCGCUUAACCCAGAAAUGGACUUCAACGGACCAUCAGAACUCUGGAAAAUAUCGAAAGAGUGA